GGGGGGGUUGGACGGAUUAAAUGUUGAUGAACAGAGAAAUCGAAAGGACUUGAAGAAAUUGAGAGAAAUACAGAAGCAGGGCGCCAUCAUUAUUGCUUUGAUUAGUAAGAAGCGCCAACCACAUAGGUCAUGACGGUGGUUGAACGUCAAGCAUAAAUAGCAGCAUGGCGUUGGAAGUUGCGUCCAGUGGUUGCUCGUAAUUGGCAAAAUGGAAGCGACGGAGCAUGAUUUGGAGAGGCAAGUGAAGGAAGUCAGGGACGCGUACAACUCCGGGAAGACCAAGGAAGAGAGCUGGAGAAGAUCGCAGCUCAAGGCUCUGCUCGCUCUGCUCGAGGAGAGAGAGGACGACAUUUUCGAAGCUCUAAAACAGGACAUCGGCAAGCAUCCUGCCGAGGCCUACCGAGAUGAGAUAGGAACGUUGAUCAAAUCUGUGAAUUAUGCUUUGGGAUGCUUAAAGCAAUGGAUGUCAUGGAAAAAGGUUACGUUGCCUGUAGUUGCAUUUCCAUCAUCAGCAGAAUUGGUUCCUGAGCCUCUUGGCCUUGUCCUUAUUAUCUCAUCUUGGAAUUUUCCCUUUGGCUUGUCGCUGGAACCAUUGAUUGGAGCAAUCGCUGCUGGAAAUGGAGUGGUUAUAAAACCUUCAGAUCUAUCUCCUGCAUGUUCUUCAGUUCUAGCUAAUACCAUCCAUACUUACCUAGACAGCGAAGCUGUGAAGGUUAUUCAAGGUGGCCCUUCUGUUGGUGAUCGACUCUUGCAACUGAAAUGGGACAAGAUUCUCUUUACAGGUAGCGCACGAGUGGCAAAAAUUGUUAUGGCUGCAGCUGCAAAGCAUCUUACGCCUGUCAUUUUGGAGUUGGGUGGGAAGUGCCCUGCAGUGGUUGAUUCAAUAUCUGGUUCUUGGGAUAGAGAAGUGGCGGUAAAACGAGUUGUUGCUGGUAAAUUUGGUACCUGUGCUGGUCAAGCAUGCAUAGGAAUUGAUUAUAUCCUUGGAGAAAAAGCAUUCAUUCCCACUUUGGUUGAACAAAUUAAGGUCAUGAUCAAGAAAUUGUUUGGAGAAAACCCGAAAGAGUCGAACAGUAUAUCAAGAAUAAUCAACAAGCACCACUUCUUAAGAUUGAAAGCUCUAUUAGAUGAGCCUAUGGUCAAAGCUUCUAUUGUUUACGGGGGUUCACUUGACGAAGAUGAACUGUUUAUCGAGCCAACAAUUUUGGUUGAUCCCCCACUCGAUGCUACCAUCAUGUCAGAAGAAAUAUUUGGACCAUUGCUUCCAAUAAUUACAUUGGAGAAGAUUGAAGAUAGUAUUGAAUUCAUAAAAUCAAGGCCCAAGCCUCUUACUAUCUACGCCUUCACCAAAAAUGAAGAGCUUAGCAGAAGGCUCACAUAUGAGACUUCGUCAGGGACCUUGACGUUCAACGAUGCUAUUGUUCAAUACGCAGCUGACACUGUCCCAUUUGGAGGAACUGGUGAAAGCGGAUUCGGAAGGUACCAUGGAAAAUUCUCUUUUGAUGCAUUCACACACGAGAAGGGAGUUGUCAGAAGAAGUUUUCUUACAGACUUCUGGUUUAGAACACCCCCCUGGAACGAUUACAAAUUGCAGCUGUUGAAAUCAGCUUACCGGUUCGAUUAUCUUAAUCUGCUUCUCAUCACAUUGGGCUUAAAGAAGAGGUAUUAAGGUUCAAAAGCCCCUAGUGCCCAAAUAUAGCUGCGUGUAUAAGCUCUAUACUAGGUAGUUUAUUGUGCCCCUUUAGCUUGUGAAAAUGCACAUUUAUCUUUAAAACUUGUUUCCAGUGGGAAACGGUACCCAUAAAGCUGAAAAAAAUUGAUUGUUCUGGGAGGUUUUGAUUGUUAAAUAAGAAUUCACCAUUCCUUCUUCAUGCUCAA